UGUGUAAUCGUCCUGGAAAAUUAAGCAGUGCAGAUAGCAGGAUGUUGAAGCUUCUUCUUCAAUCAUUCUCUGCAAAUGUUUUCCUUCUGGUUAUCAUGAUUUCAUGCAGUUUGGAGAAGGGGAAUGCUUCUAGAAGAUUAGUUGGCGACUUAGAAGCUCAUCAUCAUCAAUACCAAACUCUUCCACUCAGCUCCAUGCUUCCACCCUUUGACUGCGACCAAACCACUUCCAAAGGUGAUUCAGGUCCAGAUAGAAAGGUAUCCAUGAAGGUUGUUCACAAGUUUGGUCCCUGCUCAGCCCGGGCCCAAAACUCGGCAACCAUGACGGAGAUUCUGCUGCGCGACCGGUCUCGAGUCCAAUCAUUACAAGCCCGACGACAUAGAUCUUUCAGCUUGAUAGGGGAGUCGUCGGAAACUGUACAUCUCCCGGCGGUGAGUGAAAGUGGAAACUUCUUCGUAACCGUGGGACUUGGGACGCCGGCGAAAGACGUGGAGCUAGAGCUCGACACCGGCAGCGACUUCACGUGGACUCAAUGCCAGCCGUGCGCGGCGGCGUGCUACAACCAGAGCCUCCCAAUCUUCGACCCCGCCGCUUCAACAACCUAUUCCAACGUAAAAUGCGCCUCCCAAGCCUGCUCCGACCUGGAGGCCACCACGUAUUACCCCAGCCAAUGCGAGGAUUCCGCCGUGUGUCACUACACCACCUCGUACUUCGACGAAUCAUUCUCCAGAGGCGAGCUGGCCACCGACAAGCUAACCUUAACCUCCACGCAUGUCGUCGACGGCUUCGUAUUCGGCUGCGGCCAUAACAACAGCUUAGUCGGCGGCGGCGACAGCGCCGGAGUAUUGGGAUUAGGGACCGCUCCUCUCUCUAUAGUCUCCCAAACAUCUCAAAAAUUCGGAAGCUACUUCUCCUACUGUCUCCCCACCCCGACAGGAUCCGGCGGACAUUUAACGUUCGGAAAGAACAAUAAAACCCCAAAUAAUCUCAACUACACACCAUUCUUGAAAUCAUCAGAUAAACUCGGGUUCUACUACAUUGAGAUCUUGUCCAUAAGUAUUAACAGACAGAAACUGCCGAUCUCUCCGGCGGUAUUCCGGGACCCCGGGAUGAUCAUAGACUCCGGCACCACCCUAACAUAUCUCCCCAUGGAAGCCUACAACGCUCUGCGCGAUGCUUUCAAGAAGCAGAUGACAAUGUACCCCAUGGUACCAAGCAGCUGGGACUAUGACCCUUGUUAUAACUUCACCGACUAUCCUAACCCAGUUAUACCCACGAUAAGCUUCGAGUUUGGUGGCGAUUUGGUGGUUGAUUUGGAUCCUAGAGGGGUCAUGAUUGCUCAAGAUGAUGCAGCAGAAGUCUGUCUGGCGUUUCUUGGAAAUAAGAAUGAUAACGAAGCCGGAGUUUUGGGAAACUAUCAGCAGCAGACAUUUGAUGUGGUUUAUGAUGUCGCCGGAGGGCGGCUGGGGUUUGCUCCCGGUGGGUGUUCUUGAGCUGAGCUUUUCUGGUGAUUGGAACUGUACUGAUCAAAAUACCAA